CAUCCUGAAAGAUGCAGCUCAUCUAUAGUUGUUGGCUAGUUUUUUGUGCCUUGUCAAUCGCAACUACAGCUGAUAAGCUUGGCCAUGAGGCAAAUCGUGCAUAUCCGGGCCCACGACUCAAUCAGGCGUCAGGACGAAGCCCAUCGAACGAUGCAAGCUAUGAACUAAAGACUGAGACGAUGAAAGACGAGAAAUCGGCAGCAGACAGGUCUCCUGACACUGAAUAUACUUCACGCCACACGGAUACUGUAUUUGAAGACGGCGAGUAUCUCAUCGCUGCUGUGCAAAGCGCUCACAAUGGCAAAAGGCAAGCUGGAUUGACGCAAUGGGCUACUGUCGAUGGCGAGAUCAGCAACGACUGCACCACCGCUCCGGUAUAUCGAUUGUUCAACGACACGUUGACUACAAUACUCGCUGGGGCCGAAGCUAUAUACUCGACAGAGCCUGGCCUGCCAAACAAGCUUUUCAUUCCAACGUAUACCUCGUCGACCAUCAACACGACGUUCACCAUGGGCCCUCAAGGAACGAUCACAUGGCGGCAUCCGUCCUUCUUCGGCGGGCAGGCUCAAUUCUGCGCCAUGAUCGGGCGAGGCAUCAUAUACGCAGUUUUCACGCGGAAUGGAUUCCCGGAUGGCUGCUUCCUCGUACAGUUGUCAUUGUUCUCGAUUGCCUCUUGCAGAGACAUCCAAAGUUCAAUGCAGACGCAGAUCGAUGCUCUCAGUCGCGCGGUGAAUAGCAUCCAGCUCAAUACAUACACCGCGUAUGUCCCGACAACAGUCGUACAGCGAAUCGUUGUCACCAAUACUCCUCCCGCUCAAACUCAGACUGCGACACGGGUCGUUACAGCGACUACGAGUAUCUUGCAACAGCUGCCAGCUCCGUCGCUGUGCGGCAAUCAGGGAAUGCAAUAUGGUGUCUUUGCAAACAAUCAGCCUGCCCACGUCAACGGAGAUGCCUAUAGCGCAUACGACCCGACCUAUCUCAAGGCGCGAGGCUCUGCCGGCUCUAACAGUACCUGGACGACAAUUUAUUACAACGGUACAAUACCAAGCAUCGGAGGAUACCAGAACAACUGUGGUGCGACUACAGUGACCCUCUACACCGGUGCACCACGAACUGUACCCUGCCAGCAGUUCUCAGCGGAUUAUCGAGGUUACUUGUACGUCUAUAUGGCUGGGCAAUGGUCUUUCGUCGCAUCUGGAGUCGACGACGCAUUUGUGUUGUGGCUGGGCGCCUUGGCUCAAAGAGGCUGGACGAAAGCUAAUGCGAACUUGUCUUUGGCUUUCGCAUAUAGUUCUGGUGCACCGACGGGGACGUUCACGACAUUUCUCGAGGCCGGAACGUAUCUGCCCAUGAGAGUCGUCCAUGGACAGGGUGUUGGUGGUUAUGGAUAUCAGUUCACGAUACAGGAUCCCAAUGGAGCUAUUGCGCUGACGACUGCGAGUCAAGGGUCUGGGUACAUUGUGCAGAACUCUUGCGAUAGGACUACUGCUCCGCCGUUUGUUGGUGCUUUUGGUCAAGAGGUGUGAUCAGUAUUCAACUGGGGACCUGAGGAUGAAGCUCCUUCUCACGCCACAGCAUGUCAAACAUUGAUCGUUGAAGGUGCUCAAAACAUCGCUGUCUAUGUACAUAAGUAUUAUUACACAACCACUACAUCUUCGGCUGCGGCCCAAUCUCAUUACUGGUAAACAGUUCGCGUUCGAUCCUCUCCCGCCUCUCCUGCUCCGCAAUCGGACUGUUAUCCCCAAAAAUCUCAUCCAUCUCUUCCAAACUCUUCCCUUUUGUCUCCGGGACACAGAAGUAUAUCCAAACACCACCAAUGACGCAGAAAUUUGCGAAGAACACAUAUGUCCCGUAACCUGUCUUCUGGACAAGUGGAGGGGUG